UACGGAACCGUCGGAUUUGCAAAUAUCGAUAUUGACAAGAGAGGCUGAUGAAAAUGUUCAUGAUGUCUCACAGGUCGAGUCGUCGUUGCUCGAGAAUCAAUCGAAACGACAGUUGGCAGUCUCCGGAAUGUAUUUGAUCUCAGAAUCCGAGGAUAGUUUUUUGCCUAAGUUACGGUGCUCAGAAUCGAUGUCAUCAUUGCCACUAAGCAGUGAAUCUGAAUCUCAACAUGAAAAUUUAAUAAUAACUUUUGAAGAAUUUUAUGAAUUUUUAAAAGAGAUGUGGAUAGUAGCAGCGAAUUAUUUAACUCACGAUGAUGAACUAGUGGAAUUGGAACUUGAUGAUAUUUUAACACCAGGAGAUGCUUCUAUCGAAGAAUUAAUUAAAUAUUUUAUUUAUUGUUGUGAAUUGGAAACGAAACAUAAAUUACAUAUCCAACAAGAUAUUGUUUACGGACCUGUUAAUAUAAUAAAAAUAUAA